AUGGAGGAGCCCCGGCAGCCGGGCCGGCCCCGCAGGGUGAGGUUCAGGAUCUCCUCAGCCGGCAGCGGGCGGCUGCUCAAGCAGGUGUACGAGGAUGGGCAGGAGCUGGAGCCCCCGGCCAAGGAGAGCUCCAGGAGAUUCCUGCGCCACAGCUUCGAGCCAGAAGAGCCCCCCGAGCCCAGGGAGGGGCCACAGAACAGCUUCUACUGGCCCACAGCCCUGACUGCACAGAGGAUCAGCAUCCUCCGAGAGCAUCCGAGCCACGGGCUCACAGGGACUUUGCCCCUGGCCAGCGACUGCCAGCCUGGAGCCAGCCACUGCAGGACUUCCCCAGUUGUAGAUUUUGGCAAGAUCAUCAUCUACACCAAUAACCUGAAAAUCAUCCGUGCCCCGAUGGACCAGAAGGAGCUGAUGAGGAGAAUCAUCCAGACUGAGGGGAUGAAUGACUGGACAUUCGUGUACCGGGACAGGAGAGAACGCUUUAGUGGUGGAUGUAAAACAGACGUGGAGAAUAAAGUCAUUUGCAACCAGCACAUACAGGAGGGCAGCGCUGCACACGGCUGCUCCCAGUGCCGAGGCUCAGGCUGUGCUCCCUGCUCGCUGUGCCAUGGAAGCAAGUUCUCCAUGCUGGCCGACAGAUUCCGGGAAUCCUACCGGGCCCUGCGCUGCCCGGCGUGCGACCAGAGCGGGCGGCAGCCGUGCCGGGUGUGCGCCGCCUGA